AUGGCGGGCCCUCUCAGGGCGUCAUCCGGCGCAUCCGCGUCAACCUCGGCGGAGGAUGCAUCCGCGCACGCUCCGGAGCCCCUGGCGAUGGAGCGGCUCGUCGCGGGGGGCGCGGCAGGCGCGUUGAGCAGGGUUUUAACAGCCCCCAUAGAUCGCGUGAAGAUCCUCUUCCAGGUGAACCGAGACGGGCUCGUGGCGCCCGGUGGGUCCGUCACCCCCGUCGCGGCGUUGGGCGCCGCGCGGAGGAUCGUCGCGCAGGAGGGCGUGACCGCGCUUUGGCGCGGAACCGGCGCCGCGGUGACCCGCAUCCUCCCUUACAGCGCCACGACGUUCGCGGUGUAUCCGAUGUACAACGCGGCGUUGGCGCACGCGUUCGGGGAGCCCGAGAGCGGAGACAUCGCCACGAGGUUCGCGGCCGGUGCGCUCGCGGGCACCACCGCGACGGUGUUCACCUACCCGCUGGACCUCCUGCACGCCAGGUCGGCCGCGCACCUCACCGGCGGCGUGGCGGCGCGGGACUUUGGAACGCCUCUUGGAGUCAACUUCGCGGGAGUCUCUGCGGCGGCGGCGGCGUCGUCGGCGGCGUCGUCGGCGGCGGCGGCUGGCCCCGCGCCCAUGGGAUUCCGGGGUUCCGUCCGGCACCUCCACGCCGUGUUCACCAGCGGCGGCGUCCGUUCCCUCUACGCCGGCAUAGGCCCCACGCUCAUGGGCAUCGUUCCCUACGGCGGCUUGUCCUUUGCCGCGUUUGAGACGAUGAAGACGUUUUACAAAAAGGCCAACGACCACGACUGGGACGAGGACCGCAUGCCCUUGGCGUACAAGCUCGCCGCGGGCGGCUGCGCCGGGUUCGUGGCGCAGACUGUGACGUACCCCCUGCACGUGGUCAGGAGGCGCAUGCAGGUGCACGGCGGGGGAAUAUACGCCGGGGUGUGGGAGGGACUGAGGGAUAUCUACGCGAAAGAGGGCGUGGUGAACGGGCUGUUCAAAGGGGUGGGCCUGACGUGGCUGAAGGGUCCGAUCGCGGCCGCGAUCGGGUUCACCGCGAACGACGUGCUCAAGCUGGCGGUGCCCGCGACGAGGCGCGCGCUUCUGGAGGCGGCGUCGAAGCCCCCGGAGCCGACUCCGGCUACGUAUCUGGAAGCCAAACAGGUCAACGCCAUCGAGUCUCUCGUCGCGGGUGGCCUCGCCGGCGCAGUCGCCAAGACGACGAUCGCGCCCGCGGACAGGGUCAAGAUCAUAUACCAGGUGGACCCGCGCCGGCCGUUCACCCUGUCAGCCGCGGCGAGGACCGCGCGGGACAUCGUCACCACGGAGGGCCCGCUCGGGCUGUGGAGGGGUAACGGGGUCAUGAUGGCCAGAGUCGUCCCCUACGCGGGGGUCACGUUUCUGAGCUACCCGCGGUACGAAGCCGCCGCGAAGCGCGCGUGCGAGACGAUCUUCGGAGACAAGGCUGGGGAGGGGGGCGGGGAGGAGGGGGGGGGUAAGCGGAUCGCGGUUCGAUUCAUCGCGGGGUCCGCGGCGGGUGCGACGGCGACGACGUUGACGUACCCUCUGGAUCUCAUGCGAGCCAGGUACGCGGCGAGCGGAACGGUGGCUUCCUUGUCCGACGGCGGCUUCAAACCCCGCACUCCGGGCGUUACUCCGACCGUCACGUCGCAGACCCAGGCGGCCGGGAUGAGCGUGGUGUCCAACAUACUGCGGCAGGAGGGGAUCCGGGGUUUAUACGGCGGUCUCACCCCCACGCUGGUGGGUAUCAUACCGUACGCCGGGAUUUCGUUUGCCACCUUUGAGACGCUCAAGGGGACGUGGAGAAAACGCGCCAAGGCCAAGGCGGAAGCGACGGGUGAGGUCUGGGACCCCGACGCGCCGGGCGCGGCGCAGAUGCCGGUGACCACGAGGCUGCUCUUCGGUGGCCUCGCGGGUUUGUUCGCGCAGAGCAUGACCUACCCUUUGGACAUCGUCCGGAGACGGAUUCAGGUUGUGGGCCGAGCGGGGGGGUACGAGUCGCCGUGGAGAGCGCUGUUCGACAUCGCGCGCACGGAGGGGCUGCGGGGCGGGCUGUACAAGGGGGUGACCAUGAACUGGGUGAAGGGCCCGGUGAGCGUGGCGGUGAGUUUCUUCGUCAACGACAGCGUCAAGGCGUACUUCAGGGAGCUGCACGAGACGGGGACGUAUCCGGGGAUGAGCGCCGGCGGGUGA